UUUACCGCUAAAAGUAUUAGCCGAAACGAUUGCCCUUCGGAUUACACCUGGUUAUACAAAUUCAAAUAAUUUAAAUAUGCAGGAGGAAAUCAGUCCUGGAAAGAAUUGUUUUGUUUGGCUGUUAAAUCGGAAUAGCCGGUGAGGAUUUGGUGCAAACAUCGGUACUCAACGAAUUCUUUUGGAGAAAGCAAAUAUUUUUGGUUUGGUCUUUAAUCUCACAGAGGUUUUUGGGAAUUUAUAAACAAGGAAUAAAAGAAAGACAUGGGUAAUGUGCAGUUUCCUCAAGAAUCAGAGCUUGCUAACAGUACUCAUCACAGGGUAUCUAUUGAACUAAACAUACGUGAAUUGUCUGAAACAGACGAGCUACUGAAAUAUUUUCUCGAAUACCUGCAAACGCACCAAUCACCUCCCCCAUCUUCUACAAUAAAUGCGCCUACUGCAGAAUUGCCUGAUUUGCUGCAACAUUUUAGAACAGACUAUAUACCCACUUAUUUACAAAGCAUUUCCCCUGUACAAAGUCCUUCGUUCCAAAGCACUUCUAACAUUCCCUCUUCUCAUUACCAAAGCAUUGCCAACAUACCCACUUCUUUAAGCCAAUCUUUUUUCAGUGGGCCUGUUUCUCCGUAUAGUAUUUCAAUUCCUAAAUCAAUCCCUUCGCCUAUUGGAACAAAGAAGGCUUGUUCUUCUCCGUUUGCUUCACACGCUUCCACUCCUACGUCCUCUACAUCACAUUGUCCCCCAAUUCAAGAUUUGCGUCGUCUAAAUGUUAGCAGUUGUAGCACCCAUGAGCUCUCUGAAAAUCAAGGUGCUGUUUCUGGGUCUGAUAUAAACUUGGCCAAGACUCAACUAGAGCAACCUCGUGUAAAUGUUAGCAGUUGUAGCACCCAUGGGCUCUCUGAAAAUCAAGGUGCUGUUUCUGGGUCUGAUAUUAACUUGGCCAAGAUUCAACUAGAGCAACCUAACAUCACAGGGAAUAUAAGUCAGGUCAAGACUCAACUAGUGCAACCUAACAUCAGUGGGAAAAUAAGUCAGGAGCUUGUGGAGGAACCGGAGCUCAAUUCCCCGGCUGCAAAGGGCUCCAGGGAUCAGGGGGAAGAUCGGACAGGUGUCAAUACUUCGGUGCGAAUUCCAGAGAAAUCAAGUACAUGGAGAAGACAGCAUCCAACGCAUGCAAUCAAGCACAACAGGAAAACCAUAACUGCAAUGUGUUAUCUGCCUUAUUUUGAAGAUUUUAGUAACAAUUCUGAUGACAGUUCAGGAUGGCUUAUAAGCUCGUCUGAGGAGUGUUUGAAUCUGUGGCAGUGCACAUCCAGAAGCAGUGUAUCAGAACCCUCUCUCCAGUUCAAGAGCUCCCAAAAGACUAAGUUUGUCAUGGAAGAUAUGGUUGUGGAUAUGGAUGCCAAAUUCUUGUGUGCCUUUUGUCCUGAUCCUAAAAGAAAUGCCCUGUGCAUCACAAAGCAUACCCUUGGUGGUCCCGCGAUUUUCAAAUACGAGAUAUUGAAUUUACAGGGCAUGAUUCGCAUUCCUUGUGAAGAUGUAUCUCUAUGUACAAAGAAAAGUUCAUAUAGACUCAAAAUGCUUCACUUAGCAUCCUUGCAUCACUUGGGAGGUGCGUUUGGUAACUCUGUAGCUGCAGCAUUUGACAAAAAUAUACAUGUUUACGAUCUCUCAUCUGUGUCAGAAUCUCCAUCAGUAAUAGUGCCACCAAAGACAAUGUGGCAGGCUCAUGAUUCCCCCAUUUCAUGUAUGCAUCUUAACUCAUUUUGUUCUCUCAUUACGGGUUCUUCUGAUGGCUAUAUUCGGCUUUGGGAUAUGAAAGCAGAGCCCUGCAACCCUGUUAGAGAAUACCGUCAAAAGGGUCAAAAGGAUCGUAUUACAUGUAUAGAAAUGUUGGAUGGAACAACAAUGUGCAGCAGCAGCCAAGAUGGAACCUUUCAGCUACAUGAUAUUCGCUACAGUGCUUCACCAUUUAUGUCAGUCAUUCCCAAUGAGAAGCCAAUCUUCAACAUGGCUAGCAUUCCAAUGAAUAAUACAGUUGCCUGUACUACUGAAGAUAGAUUGUUUUGCUUGGAGCUUGAAAGUAGCAACCCUAUGGUUGAUGAUGCAACAUCAAGACACUCAUCUUCAGGAUCAACUACGAGCAUUAACAGCUCAUCUUCCUCAUUGUGUUUAAGACCAUUGCCUUCAAAUGAGCUGUCUACAGGCAUCAAAUGGAAUACAAGGACUUGCACUGAAAUUUAUACAUCUCAGACGGAUGGAUCUAUUGCUAUCUUUGCAAAGUAAAGGCAGAUCUCCAUAGCAUCAAUGGUUAAAUGCUCCUCUCAUAUUUUUUAAGAUACAAAGGCUUCUUUUAUUAUUUUAAAUGGUACUAUUUGGCAUAUCAGGUUUCUACCAAUUGAAUGCCGAUAAGUUUCUGUAUAUCCCAUGUUUGUAGCUUUAAAAGGCUCAUUUAUCAAGGGAAACCAAAUAUUUCACUUUCCUUUAUUGAAGAUCAUCAGCAAACAGUACUUUUUAUUUGAAUAGUUUAUGAUGCUCACCAGUGCUUCAAUAUAGCACGAGUUUUUUUUUAUUUGAUAAUUUGGUUGACACUUUCAAUUUGCAUCUAGAAUGCAUGGGAAAGUACACUAAUAAACUUAGCAAUUGAACUGUCUUAAAAUUCUUUGUUGAGGGGUAUGCGUUUUGUCAAAAUUAA